AUGAUGUGCGAGGCAGGGCUGAUUGCACCAGAGCCCACUGGCCCCAUGCAGUACUAUGGUGAGUCGUCCGACACCUACUACCACGUGGACCGCUGGCAGAGGCUGCGCACGGCUGUCAGGAAACUGGAGUUCUGGGAAAACUUCAACACCGAGCUGAUAGGCAGCGGCUUCUUCUCCAAGGUCUACAAGGUGACCCAGGCUGCUGCUUGUAAAGUGAUGGUGGUGAAGAUCUACAAGAAUGACGUGGACCAAGAGGUGAUUGUGCGUGAGAUCAGCCUGCUGCAGAAGCUGUCCCACCCCAACAUUGUCAGGUACCUUGGGAUAUGUGUGAAGGAUGACAAGCUGUACCCUGUUCUGGAGUACGUGAAUGGGGGUUGCCUGGAGGAGCUCCUGGCCAGCAAAGACAUUGCUUUGACGUGGAAGGAAAAAGUGGACUUAGCUUCUGACAUCACCAGAGGCAUGAUCUACCUGCACUCCAAGAACAUCUACCACCGAGAUCUCAACUCUAAGAACUGCCUCAUUCGAGUGACGCCACGGGGCCGUGAGGCGCUGGUGACUGACUUUGGGCUGGCCAGGGAAGUGGUGGAGCUGCCUGUGAAGGAUGUGGAGAGGAAGCUGUCUCUGGUGGGCUCUGCUUUCUGGAUGGCUCCUGAGAUGCUGCGGGGAGAGCCCUAUGACCGGAAGGUGGACGUGUUUUCCUUUGGCAUUGUCCUCUGUGAAAUCCUGGGCAGGAUCCCAGCUGACCCCGAAGUGCUUCCCAGGACUCAGGAUUAUGGCUUGGAUGUUGCUGCCUUCCAAGGGAUGAUCAGUGAAUGCCCCAAGCAGGUGAUGGACCUUGCUGCUAGCUGCUGUCAGGUGGAAGCGUUUAAGAGACCGUCUUUCUCCGAAAUCCUGGAUGAGUUGGAGGAUGUUGCAGAGAGCCUGGAGCCUAGGAGGGACAAUCAGCUUUCAGGCUGA